GUGGAAUUCGAUGGCUGUCACUGGAAGCAACAUGCCUGGGUGAAAGUCCACGCUGAAGAAGUUAUAGUGUUGCUGCUGGAAGGAUCAUUGGUUUGGGCACCUCGAAAUGAUCCAGUUAUGCUUCAGGGGACUCGAGUCUCACUGGCACAGUGGCCUGCACUGACCUUCACUCCUCUAGUAGAUAAGCUGGGUUUAGGCUCUGUGGUUCCAGUGGAGUUUCUUCUGGACAGACAUUUGCGUUUCCUGUCUGAUGCCAGUGGAUUACGUUUGUUUCAGGUGGGAACAGAGAGUCAGAAUCAGAUUCUGCAGGAACAGCCUUCACUAAGAGAAUCUGUCAAUGCAUUGAUCAGUGACCAGAAGCUUCAGGAGAUAUUUAGCAGAGGUCCUUACAGUGUCCAAGGCCAAAGAGUUAAGGUUUACCAACCAGAGGAUGAAAAUAGCUGGCUCUGUGGUGUUGUGAGCCAUCAAGACCCAAUAACUCGUCUUAUGGAGGUGUCUGUGACUGAGAGUGGUGAAAUAAAGUCGGUGGAUCCUCGACUGGUUCAUGUGGUGAUGGAUAACACUUCUCCAAGCAAGGGAGGGGGUCUGAAAGCAGCUAAAUCUUCUAAAGGGAAAAAGAAGAAAGAAAGUCUGGAGGGAAAGGAUGGACGGAGGAGGAAAAAUGCUUCGGAUUCUGGGUGUGAUCCUGCAACAAAGAAGCUAAAGGAGAGGGGUGAUGUGGAUAGCAAUGGUAGUGAUGGAGGUGAGGCAAGCAGAGGUCCGUGGAAAGGAGGCUCCAAUAGCGAAACAGGACUGGAUACAAGGGCCAAACAGUUGCCUUCAUUCAUUCCUCAGAUUAAUCGCAAUAUUCGCUUUGCCACUUACACCAAAGAGAAUGGCCGAACACUAGUAGUCCAAGAUGAGCCAGUUGGUGGUGAUGCACCGUUGCCCUUCACUCCGUUUUCCUCUGUGGCUGGCCAAGCGUUACUAGUUGGGUCUGGAUGUAAAGAGGCAGGAAAGUCACUGGAACAGGUUGGCCAAGGCACGGUGACUUCUGCAACUGCAGUGACUACAACUGCUUUGACACCAACAACUGUGAGAAUCUCUGAUACCAGUUUGCCAGCUGUUACUGGACAGGAGAAACCGAAAACAGGCCGAUCACAAGCCCAGGGAGAGAAUUCCCGAAAUACAUUUUUGGCUUCUUCCGGAUUUGGAGUCUCUCUCCCAAGUGCUUCCCAGUCCUUGGUGUUUGGAGGUGGAAGGAGCCAAUCAAAUGGAGUGGUGACUCCAGAAAGCAAGCCUUCUGGAUUUCCUUUUAGCUGUAGUACUGGACAAGAGGCUCAGAAAGACUCUGAUCUGUCCAAGAACUUGUUUUUUCAAUGCAUGUCCCAAAAUCUACCUUCCAGUAACUACUUCACGGUCAUUUCAGAGAGCUUGACUGAAGAUGCCUCCAGUCGGGACUCAUUCAAGCAGUGUACAGAGAGUGUGGGUGCUGGGAUCUGUAAAGGUAAAAUUCUUUCAGCGGACACUAAACCAGGAGCCCAGUCUGGCAGUUCUGUGGAGCGGAAGCUGCCUGUAGAAUCAAUGCCUACCCUCACUCCAGCCUUUUCACGAAGUCUGUUGAGUACUCGCCCCCCAGAGAGUCAUGAAAACCUAUUUUUACAGCCCCCAAAGCUAUCAAGAGAGGAACCCUCAAACCCUUUCCUGGCAUUUGCUGAGAAAGCAGAACUUAGUCCUUUCAGUGGCUUUGCGUCUUCAUCUCAGACAGGGACUUCUGCUCCCUCCAUGCCUGCAGGUCAUAAGGCUGUUUCUGGCUGGCCGGAGUCGCUCACCUCCGCAGAUUCUUCUCUAGCUAAGAAGAAAACCUUGUUUAUAACAACUGACUCCUCAAAGAUGAUCUCCAGUACUCCUGGUUCAACAGUUGCUGCUGGUGUUCAGAGCUCUUCCACGGCAGGGAACGGCCGCUCCAGCUCACCGACCGGCGGCCUGACGCAGCCUAUUGAGAUGCCCACGCUUUCCUCCAGCCCAACAGAGGAAAAACCAGCUGUUGGGCCUGGGCAGCAGGACAAUCCCCUUCUGAAAACCUUUUCUAAUGUGUUUGGCAGACAUCCAUCUGGCUUCUUCUCUUCUCAGGCAGAGUUUCCCCAGGAGAACAAAGCCCCUUUUGAAGCUGUGAAAAGGUUCUCUCUAGAUGAGCGGAGCUUGACAUCCAAACAGGACUCAGACUCCAGCACCAAUAGUGACCUGUCAGAUUUGAGUGACUCUGAAGACCAGUUGCAGGCCAAGGCUUGCAUGAGGGGAAUCCCAGACCACUUGAUGGCAAAGCUGGGCCCCAAUGCAGAGCGCAAUGCUGAACUGCUGCUGGGGAAAGGAAAAGGGAAGCAAGCCCCAAAGGGCCGGCCUCGCACAGCUCCCCUAAAAGUUGGCCAGUCUGUGCUGAAAGAUAUGAGUAAGGUGAGGAAGCUGAAGCAGUCAGGUGAGCCUUUUCUCCAGGAUGGCUCUUGCAUCAAUGUAGCUCCACAUCUGCACAAGUGCCGGGAGUGCCGUCUGGAGCGGUACCGCAAAUUUAAGGAGCAAGAGCAGGAUGACUCAACUGUGGCAUGUCGCUUCUUCCAUUUCCGGAGGCUGAUAUUUACCCGGAAAGGUAUUCUACGAGUAGAGGGUUUCUUGAACCCACAACAGAGUGACCCUGAUGCCAUGAGCCUAUGGAUUCCUUCCUCCUCCCCUGCAGAGGGCAUCGAUCUGGAAACUUCCAAAUAUAUCCUGGCCAAUGUUGGGGACCAGUUCUGCCAGCUUGUUAUGUCAGAGAAGGAGGCAAUGAUGAUGGUGGAGCCACAUCAGAAAGUGGCGUGGAAGCGAGCAGUACGUGGUGUGAGGGAAAUGUGUGAUGUGUGUGAGACAACGCUUUUCAAUAUUCAUUGGGUUUGUCGCAAGUGUGGUUUUGGGGUCUGUCUGGACUGUUACCGGCUGAGGAAGAGUCGUCCACGUAGUG